AUGCCUAAAGCGCAGGGGAAAGGAGGAGGAAGACGACGGCGGGUAGUCAAAGGAACCAGCCGCGACAGAUUGAGCGAUUUGCCCGACGAAGUUCUCCAUUGCAUCCUCUCCUUCCUUGACACCAAGUCGGCCGCUCGAAGCGGCAUUUUGUCGAUCAGGUGGAGAUCACUCUGGAGAACGGUUCCCAUCCUGAAUUUCGACGGGGAAUCCUUCAACAACAACGUGGAGAGUUUCAAAGAUUACGUGAACAGACUCUUGUUUCUCCGUUUCUGCACCUCGCAUGGGGUUCGACAGGUAUCGCUCCUCAAUUGCCCUGGAUUUGGGGAGAGAUCCGACGUGUUCGCGUCUCUUUUCUGGUCCAUCUCCCUUUGCAAUCAAUCGCUGGAGACUCUGAAUUUGAGAGCAGUGCGGCUUCAUACGCUCACAUUAGGGUUGCCCGCGCCGGCUUUUCAAGUUCUCACAUCUCUGACUCUGCGCGACUGCAGCUUCCAAGUCUCUAGGUUGUACCAGCAGUCGGUCGACCCUUUUGCUGGAUUCCCCGUGUUGAAAACUUUGAGGCUCAUCUCCUGCAGCCGCUUUCUUGAUGAUAAUGAUAAUCCGGCUGAGGUUAAGAAGAGUCUGAAAGUAUCGGGGCUUGAGCUGCUUAGUUUGGAGAUUCAUGACCCCUUCGGUUUCGAUGAUAUCAGGGUUUCUGCUCCGAAACUCGAAUCGUUUACUUACAGAGAUGUAAUUCGCGACAUCUCUCCAGUGACAGAAGUAUCCUUGGAUGUGCCUUCUUUGCAGCAGGCCAGUAUCUUGUUGUGGGGUUAUAUGGGUUUGCAAUUGCAUGAUGGCCAUGACAAGCAAUAUGCGAACCUGUUGGCUGGUCUCAGUAAUGCGCAAACUCUCAUCCUCCAGUUCGAUACACUUGAGGCGUUGAUCCAUGCUUGUGACUUGGUGAAGCAUCAGCCGUCUCCAUUUACAAGACUCAAGUCCUUGAGCUUGCUCUAUUCCGAAGAAACAGUUGGCGUACCUUGCUAUGUGAUGCGUUUCUUUUGUGAUGGCUCUCCUUUCAUGGAUGAAAAUUCUCUGAAGCUAACCAAGGUGAGAUGA